AUGGUAGCAGGCGUGUUGCUGGCUGCACGGUCUGCGAGUGCCAUUGUGCUCAACAGGCAGGAUCCGAACAGCAUCAAGCAGGUGGCCUCGGUGAUAGCGCACGGCAUGAUGAGCUACUACAGCGGUAACACGACCGGUGGCACACCGGGUUUACUACCAGGACCGUACUAUUGGUGGGAGGCAGGCGCGAUGUGGGGAUCUCUGAUCGAUUAUUGGUACUACACGGGUGACGCGACUUACAAUGAUGUUGUGACGCAAGCGAUGCUCUUCCAGACUGGUACAGAUAACAGCUUCAUGCCGUCAAACCAGACCAAGUCCGAAGGCAACGACGACCAAGGCUUCUGGGGCAUGGCGGCAAUGUCCGCAGCUGAGGUCAAGUUUCCCAAUCCGCCCGACAACCAACCGCAGUGGCUCGAGCUGGCACAAGCUGUCUUCAACUCGCAAGCACUGCGGUGGGACACCAGCUCUUGCGGAGGAGGACUGAAAUGGCAAAUCUUCGCCUUCAACAACGGGUACAACUACAAGAACUCGAUCUCGAACGGCGCCUUCUUCAAUUUGGCAGCAAGAUUGGGUUAUUAUACGAAGAACCAAACGUACUUUGAUUGGGCAAACCAGAUGUAUGACUGGGUUGAGUCCGUUGGCUUGAUGAGCCCAACGUAUCAGGUCUUUGACGGCACAGACGACAAUUUGAACUGCUCGCAACUGAAUCAUCUACAAUGGACCUACAACGCGGGUGUUUUCCUGCUUGGAGCGUCCGUGAUGUGGAACCAAACGACUGGAGCUGAACAGGCAAACUGGGAGAAACGCAUCAGAGGCAUCAUUGCAGCCUCGGUUGUCUUCUUUGAGAAUGGCAUCAUGUACGAGGUUGCAUGCGAGCCGCAGGGCAACUGCGACACCGACCAGCUGUCGUUCAAAGCAUACCUUUCCCGGUGGAUGGCAGCUUCCUCCAAAGUAGCGCCGUUCGUCAUUCCACUGGUUUCUGGAUGGCUGCAGACGUCUGCGGCGGCUGCGGCAGCCAGCUGUUCGGGCGGCACAGACGGCGUAACGUGCGGCACGAAGUGGACCGUCAACGCCUGGGAUAACACUUGGGGUGUUGGCCAGCAAAUGAGUGCAUUGGAAGUUGUUCAGGGGCUGUUGAUCAAUGGAUCUGCAGGGCCGGUAUCGAACCUGACGGGCGGGAUAUCUAGGGGUAAUCCUGCUGCCGGCACGGGUGGCGACGGCGCUCCUGGUGCACCGACGACGGCUAUCACGACGGGUGAUAAAGCCGGCGCGGGCAUACUGACGGCCGUGGUUUUGGUUGGACUGAUAGGCGGCGCAUGGUAA